AUGCUCCCCACGAAGGACGACGGCGGCGGCCGCGACCAUGUCGAGAUCACGGCGGCGCAGAAGAUGCUUUCCGCGACGUCCGGCAGUCUACUGACCGGUCUUUUAGUCACACCUCUCGAUGUAGUUCGGGUCAGAUGGCAGUCACAAAACGUGCCGCAACAACCGGCCUCAACUUCGCAGAAACCCACCUCGGCGCCGUCUGCGAACGCCUUCCGACCGCCGAACUUGGGGGUCACGGCCUGCUGCCGGGAGGUCUUCUUCAUGAACAACAACAGCGAGGUCUGCAUCGCCGGCCCGCGCAUCGGCCCCAUCGGCGGGAUGCCAGCUGCCGGCGGCGGCGAAUGCGCGGUCGAGCAGACGCAGCAGAGGACGUUCAACUCGACCCUCGACGGCAUAAGGAAGAUUGCGCGGAACGAGGGCGUCUCGACCCUCUGGCGCGGCCUAUCGCCGACGCUCCUCAUGGCGGUCCCGUCGAACAUCAUCUACUUCACCGGCUACGAGUGGCUGCGGUUCGACGGCAUGAGCCCCAUCCAGCGCAAGGUCGGGGACGAGUACGCGCCCCUCGUGGCCGGCGCCACGGCACGGGUCCUGGCCGCCACGGCCGUGAGCCCCAUCGAGCUCUUCCGGACCCGCCUGCAGGCCUCGCACGGCUCGUCCGCCGCGGGCCACCUCGCCGACACGUUCCGCGGCAUCAAGGACAUGGUCGGCCUCCACGGGUACCACUCGCUCUGGAGGGGCCUGACCCUGACCCUGUGGCGGGACGCGCCCUUCUCGGGCAUGUACUGGUGGGGCUACGAGACAGUUCGCGGCACGCUCACCGACCUGCGGGAGCGGCGCAGGGGCCGGGCCCUGGAUCUCGAUGGCACCAGCACCAGCACCGGCACGGGGACUGGCGGCCGCGGUUGGGCCCGGAGGAGGUCGCAGAGCCGCGAGACGCACCGGGACACCUUCAUCGACAGCUUUGUCGCGGGCGCGCUGUCGGGCGCCUUUGCGUCCGUGGUGACCACGCCGUUUGACGUCGGCAAGACGCGCACCCAGGUAUACCACGACUCGAGCAAGAAGGCGGCGGCGGCGGCGGCGGCCUCGGCCUCGCGGCCCGUGCCCGAGGAGCAGUCCAUGGUCCGGCUCCUGUGGCACAUCUUCAGGGCCGAGGGCGUGUCCGGCCUGUUCCGGGGCUGCAUCCCCCGGACCCUCAAGGUCGCGCCGAGCUGCGCCAUCAUGAUUAGCAGCUACGAGGUCGGGAAGCGCGUGUUCAGGGGCGUCAACGAGCGCGCCUCCCUGAGCAGGGAGGGCCCGCCGAGCGGGGAGGGGGCCGCCGACUAA